UUGUACUCCUUUCAAACUAAGUUUAUGGUUCCGGUCCAAAAUUCCCAAUACGCAGUCAAAAGUAAGCACUCCCAAACAUGAUUUGGUUCAUUUGGUAAUUAUGUUCAAAAUCAGCUCCAUAUGUUUUCUGGAGGUCUGCGACGAUCAAAAUCUACAUAUAAAAAUGUCUCUCUCUGCUUGGAGUCUUUCAUCGUCUUCCUCACUCUUCUCUGGCUUUCUAUCUUGUUCUUCGUCGUCGAAGCAAGAAAGCAGACUAAGCGAAAACUGCUUUUAUAAUAAGAAACAAUACAAAGAGAGCUUUGCUUCAAUGGCGAUGGCAGCGGUAGGAGGAGUGACUCGAAUUCCGUCGUCGAAUCUCAUCACUCAGAAAACCAGCACGAGACCCACUUCACCUUUCCUCAAACCCAUCAACCAGAGCCUCUCCUCUUCUUCAUCUGACCUUUCCGGUGACAAGAUUCCGCUCAAAUCCGUUCUCCGAAGUCUCAAAGCAUCUUUCAAUGCUAGAAUUCCUAUCUUGGUUUCUCCUAAAGCGGUUUCCGAUUCUCAGGGUUCCCAGACUUGUCUUGAUCCUGAUGCAAGCCGAAGUGUUCUGGGAAUUAUACUUGGGGGUGGAGCAGGAACUCGACUUUACCCUCUUACUAAGAAGAGAGCAAAGCCUGCUGUUCCUUUAGGAGCAAAUUACAGGCUGAUUGAUAUUCCUGUCAGCAAUUGCUUGAACAGUAAUAUAUCAAAGAUCUAUGUUCUCACACAGUUCAAUUCAGCAUCGCUUAAUCGCCACCUUUCUCGGGCAUAUGCCAGUAACAUGGGAGGGUACAAGAAUGAAGGAUUUGUUGAAGUUCUUGCUGCACAGCAGAGCCCAGAGAACCCAAACUGGUUCCAGGGUACCGCUGAUGCUGUAAGGCAGUACUUGUGGCUCUUUGAGGAACACAAUGUUAUGGAAUUCCUGGUUCUUGCUGGAGACCAUUUAUACCGUAUGGACUAUGAGAAGUUUAUACAGGCACACAGAGAAACUGAUGCAGAUAUCACUGUGGCAGCACUACCAAUGGAUGAAAAGCGUGCCACUGCAUUUGGCCUAAUGAAGAUUGAUGAAGAAGGACGCAUAAUUGAAUUUGCAGAAAAACCCAAGGGGGAGCAGUUGAAAGCAAUGAAGGUUGAUACAACUAUCUUAGGACUUGAUGAUGAGAGAGCUAAAGAGAUGCCUUACAUUGCAAGCAUGGGAAUAUAUGUUGUCAGCAAAGAUGUUAUGCUGCAAUUACUCCGUGAGAAGUUUCCUGGAGCCAAUGAUUUCGGAAGUGAAGUUAUUCCAGGUGCAACUUCAAUUGGAAUGAGGGUGCAAGCCUACUUAUAUGAUGGUUAUUGGGAAGAUAUUGGUACCAUUGAAGCUUUCUAUAAUGCAAAUUUAGGGAUAACUAAAAAACCAAUUCCAGAUUUCAGCUUCUAUGAUCGUUCGUCUCCAAUCUAUACACAACCUCGAUAUUUACCGCCUUCUAAAAUGCUUGACGCUGAUGUUACAGAUAGUGUUAUUGGUGAGGGGUGUGUGAUUAAGAAUUGCAAAAUUCAUCAUUCUGUUGUUGGGCUCCGAUCUUGCAUAUCAGAAGGUGCAAUUAUAGAAGACACAUUAUUGAUGGGAGCAGACUAUUAUGAGACGGAUGCCGACAGGAGGUUUCUGGCUGCGAAAGGUAGUGUACCAAUUGGUAUUGGAAGGAAUACCCACAUCAAGAGAGCAAUUAUUGACAAGAAUGCUCGCAUUGGAGACGAUGUGAAGAUCAUUAACAGUGACAACGUUCUAGAAGCGGCAAGAGAAACAGAUGGGUAUUUCAUCAAGAGUGGAAUCGUCACUGUAAUCAAGGAUGCUUUAAUACCCAGCGGAACCAUCAUUUGAAACCACUUUUGCUUUCCUCUACCAAUCUCCCUUGUUAUUAGAUAUUGGGUCUUAGGACUAAUGUAGUAAGGGGGUCAAUCACUACUUGUAUCCAUCGUUUUAUGGCCCUGAGAAUUAGUGUAUAAUGUAUAUUUCCUCACUAGUGUAGCUGUGAAACAGUGUAAGACGUUUAGUAGAGGAGGGUAAAAGCAAGAAUUAGUGCUUGUAAAGGUUUCAUCUACCAUUUUGUUUGCCAAAAAUAAGUUUCUCGUCCAUGAA